AUCUUAAGAAGAGCAUUCGCCAUGUGUCUCCAACCUUCUUCCCAUCAACUACAUCACUCGGGCCAGUGAGUCGAGCCACGUUUAUUUCAGGAACAUGGGAAAUACGGCUUCAGGCGAGGAGGGUAGGCACCGUCUCGGAUACCACGUCCUCAGGGUUAAGGACGACUCCCCGGCGUACAGAUCAGGUAUCCGACCCUUUUUCGACUAUAUUGUAGCUAUCGAUGGUGUCCGUCUCAACACAGAAGGCACCUAUCUGCAGGACCAAUUACUUGCCAACGAGGACAAGCCUGUGAUGCUGGAUAUCUAUUCAACGCGAGAGCAAGCUGGAAGAAGGGUUGAGAUGAUUCCAACAAAGAACUGGGGCGACAGAAAAGGCGGCUUGAUUGGAUGCAGCAUCCGUUUUUGCAUGUUUGAUGCUGUAAACGAUGUUGUCUGGCAUAUUUUGGACGUCGCUCACGGAUCUCCAGCAGAGAAGGCAGGAUUGUGCCCACACACGGACUAUGUCAUUGGCACACCAUACGGCAUUAUGCGGGGCGAAGGAGAUUUGUACGAUCUUGUGGAGGACAACAUUGGCGAACCUCUACGACUCCACGUGUACAACUCUGAGACGGACCAUGUGCGGGAGAUCGUUAUCAUACCAAACGAGGAAUGGGGAGGCGAAGGACUGCUGGGAUGCGAUGUCGGUUACGGAUACUUGCACCGUCUCCCGAGGCAAGGGUCUAUCAUACAUGAGGGCUCAAGUGGAUCACUUAGGAAGACACCUUCGUUGCCAUACCCGCCAUCGCAGGAGAUGGUACACGACACCUCAUAUGUCAGGAAUACCAUGCCAGCCUCCUUCCAGCCAGGCGAACAGCCAUUGGACAUUGUGGCACCGACGCCUCGGCCGCCCCAUUCGCCGUCGUGGCUGAGCACUAGCGAGGCCCUUGAAGGUUCCUUGCAAAGCUCAUCGACCGCAGCCGCAGCCGCAGCAGAACAAGAGCAGGAGCAGGACCUACCGCCCCUCCGGUUCGGCCGAGGUGAACGACCUGAUGCAGAAGAUGAGCCAGAGUCCGAAGACGAGUUCAUGCCUAGAGGCGAUAGAUCUGCAGGACUUCAAGGCUCGGCGUUGGACUCCUUACAGCCCAAGUCUCCGACCUUCCUGAAACAACUGCAGGCAGUCUCUGUUCAGGACAACUAUCAGCAUCACACAGGACCCGCCGCCAGGGCCGAGCAUCAGUACAAUGGCCCAGCUCAAUAUACCUCGCCAAUUGCACAUCAACUCCAGUUUCAAAAUCAACCACCAUCUCCACAGCAGCCCAAGGCACCUUUGCCACAGCCCUCGACGAAUGCGAAUAGCAAACCUCUUUCUUCUCCUGCGACAAAAUCAGCGACGACGGAUUUCAACACUGGAGACAUCCCCUUUGGUGGAGGAGACGCAAUGGACUUUUCUAGCCAAUUCGGUGUAUUUCAACAGUAGUAUCGCCAGUAGAUGAGUAUCAAUGGAAUAGCUGUGCUUGCUUGAAUAAAUGCCAUCAAUAAAGACUCCGUGCCCAGGGAUUGUAGUUGGUGUGACAAAAACAAAAAAGAUGAAUGCGUGCGUAUGUUCGUCUUGGGCUCUCUGGCAUGGGACUUUGUCGGACGGCUAGACAGCUGGAC